AUGGAUGAGGAAUAUGAUGUGAUCGUAUUGGGAACCGGGCUCACAGAAUGCAUUCUUUCUGGUAUCAUGUCUGUCAAUGGAAAGAAAGUCCUGCACAUGGACCGGAACCCGUACUAUGGAGGUGAAAGUUCCUCCAUCACCCCUCUUGAGGAGCUUUAUAAACGAUUUGAGCUUUCAAAUGGGCCUCCAGAAUCAAUGGGCCGGGGAAGAGACUGGAACGUUGACCUCAUCCCGAAAUUUCUCAUGGCAAAUGGUCAGUUAGUUAAGAUGCUUUUAUACACUGAGGUGACCAGAUAUCUGGACUUUAAAGUGGUGGAAGGCAGCUUUGUGUACAAGGGUGGGAAGAUCUACAAAGUUCCUUCAACUGAGACUGAGGCACUGGCUUCAAAUCUCAUGGGCAUGUUCGAAAAGAGACGUUUCCGGAAAUUCUUAGUCUUUGUGGCCAACUUUGACGAGAACGACCCAAAGACCUUCGAGGGGGUUGAUCCCAAACAGACGACUAUGGGCGAGGUGUAUAAGAAGUUCGACUUGGGCCAGGAUGUUAUUGAUUUCACCGGGCAUGCCUUGGCUCUCUACAGAACAGACGGUUAUCUAGAGCAGCCGUGUCUGGAAACAAUCAACCGGAUUAAGUUGUACAGUGAAUCUUUGGCACGCUAUGGAAAGAGUCCGUACUUGUACCCGCUGUAUGGCUUGGGUGAACUGCCUCAAGGAUUCGCCAGGCUUAGUGCUAUUUACGGUGGAACCUACAUGCUGAACAAACCAGUGGACGAAAUUGUUGUGGAGGACGGCCACGUUAUUGGAGUGAAGUCUGAAGGAGAGAUUGCUAGAUGCAAACAGCUCAUCUGCGACCCUAGUUACAUUCCAGAUCGCGUACGCAAAGCAGGCCAAGUGAUCCGAGUCAUCUGUAUUCUCAGCCAUCCCAUAAAGAACACUAACGAUGCCAACUCGUGCCAGAUCAUCAUACCGCAGAACCAAGUCAACCGCAAGUCAGAUAUCUACGUUUGUAUGAUUUCUUAUGCCCAUAACGUGGCAGCCCAGGGCAAGUACAUCGCCAUUGUGAGCACCACUGUGGAAACUGCAGAGCCUGAAGCUGAAAUUGCACCUGCUCUUGAGCUGCUGGAGCCCAUCGACCAAAAGUUUGUGGCCAUCAGUGAUCUGUAUGAACCUACAGACGAUGGCUCAGAGAGCCAGAUCUUUGCCUCACGGUCUUAUGAUGCCACCACCCACUUCGAGACCACCUGUAACGACAUCAAAGACAUAUACAAGCGCAUGAUGGGCAGUGACUUCGACUUUGAGAAUAUGAAGCGCAAACAGAACGACGUGUUUGGCGAGGAAGAGCAGUGAGGAUGGGGUGAGAAGGAAGCAAAAGAGAAGACAGCUGUAGGUGGGAUGGACGGUGAUUGAUCAGGAGUGCUUGGGCUUAAUUCGAUUAUUGGUAGCAGGUCUAAUUUAAGUAGAAAUCAAACCUCGCUGCAGGCGUCUCUCAGCUGUCUGUUCUUUUUCUUACAGCUUCUCUUCCCUUUCCGCCUCAUUUUCUCAUCCUGUAUCUUUUAGCACAUAUGCUCUUACACUGUUGUUUCUCAACUCAUCCUUCACAAAACAGUCUUA